AUGAUGGAUGCAAAGAGUAUCGUGAAUCAGUGCGUAAAGUGCAAGUCAAAGUUUACUUCGGUGGACAAGCCUUUGAAGCUAUUGCCAUGUUUACAUUCCAUGUGUUUGGAUUGCUUGUACGGUCGGGUACCGCCAGUCCGGCGCGCCUCCAGUUGUGUGCCGGACAGUAGUAAUAAAACCGACGUGACUGCUGGGAGGAAAGAGUUUGAAUCCGACAGUGAAGCGAACCUUGACAGCAGUAAUAAUGCACCUUCUGCUGAAGUUGUUACGGAAACAGAAGCAACUAAGGAAACGGGAAAUGGUACAAAUGUAUGUUGUAGUAGUACUGCUGGUUCCGAUACUGCUGCUAAUGAGGAAGGUACUGCAGAUGAUCCAUCGGCGAAGAGAAGUGAUAGUGUUGAUCAUACUAGCAAUCAAGGAGAUACUGCCAAGAGUAAGAGUUCAGCAGAAAUUUUGGAAUCGUCUCUGGAAGCUGAGUUUUCUCAUAAAGAUGAGAAUGAGACAUCAGCAGCGUCUGUACCAGAAACUGAUUCAGGAGUACACAUUGAAAAACGUGAAACUGAAACACAAGACGAGGCAAUAGGGGAGACACCAAAACCAGUCACAGAAUGCCCAGUGUGUAGAGAUCCAAUAGAACAGCCGAGCACCACCCUGAUGGACAACAUGUUUGCAGCUCUAGACCCAGACCAGACUGCCUCUCCACAGCCAGACACUACACACUUGUGUACUGCUUGUGAGGAGAACCAGGAGGCUGGCUUCUACUGUCUGCAGUGUGAGGAGUGGCUGUGCGAUAGCUGUGUUGAUGCUCACAAACGUGUUCGUGUUACUAAAGACCAUGUGAUUUCUCCCAAAAAUGAGGUGAAAGUGGUCAUUAACAAGUCACCGUGGGAACAGCUGAUGAUGUGCAAACAACACAGGCAAGAACAAUUAAAGUUUUUCUGUGAGAAAUGUGAAAUGCUGACCUGCAGAGACUGUCAGCUCAUGGACCACAAAGAACACAAGUACCAGUUUCUGGAUCAUGCAGCAGAACAGUACAAAGCUAGAUUGAAAGGAAGUUUAGCUUUAAUGGGAGAGAAGAGAACAAAAUUGGCAGCAAGCCGUGAUGAAAUUGAUCAGAAACUUCAAAAUUGUAAAGAACAAAAGGAUUCUUUACAGCAAGACAUACUCAAACAAGCAGACAUCUUAGUCAAAGGUAUUAGACAGGCUGUUUGGGGAGUAUUGUCCAAUCUGGCCUCAUUCACUGAUGCAGCCACAAAACGCCUGAACAAGGAAAUUGACGAUGUGUCAGACCUAAUUGGUAAAUUUGACCACUGUAUCCAGUUCAUGGAGGACAUAUUGAAGGAGGGCUCCAGCAUGUCUUUGCUUUAUUCCAAAGGAAAUGUGGAAACAAAGUGUCGGAAGGUGUACCAUACUCAGGUUGACCCCCAGUCUCUCAAAGGAACAUUGUCCAUUGCCUACAAACAUGAAGUGAACUGGCUUCUGGGAAAUCUGAAUAAGAUUGGAGCUAUCUUUGUUAACGGGGUGCGGUAUCCCCCAGAGAAGAACGGUCAAGGAGCACGGCAGAGUCCGAGUUGUGGAUAUCAGGACCCCAGAUCUGGUGGAAUGACAGCAACAAGUCCUCAUCUGCAGCAUAUGGCAAAUCAGCCAAUACCUGGUCAUAGAGUACCUUCUGACUGGACAAAGUUUAUUCAGACUGUAUCGAAGCCUGUGGGGCAGUCUCAGGUUCCUCCAAACAUGACGAUGUCAUCUCUAGGCACCACUGGGUCGCUGCCGCCUCAGCUUACACUGCCCUCAAAUAGACGAACACAAAGUGGUAGUUCAAUGGGCCAGCCGUGGCAAGGUCCACCUGGAAUGCCUGGACAUACGUUUCCUGGCCACUUUGUUGCCGGUCAGCUCCUGACACCACAGCAGCAGCAGCAACAGGCUUCAAAGCCCUCUUUCACACCAAUGAGGUUGCACCAUAGACCAGCCACACAAGCUUCCUUCACAGGACAAAAUGACCACAGAUCACAGAGUAUGCGCAGUCCACCACAGUAUCGCAUGGGUGGAGAAGCUAGUGGCAAUCCUCGUUCAACUCACAGCACUCCUGACCCAGCUCGCCCAGCCAGUGCUGGCAUGUAUGACAAUAAUGGACGCCCAGACAGUGGGGGAGGUUCGGUUAUGGUGGAUGUCAAGAAAGAGAAACGGGAUCACUCUCCAGACUGUGUCAUCAUGUCCUCCAGCAUCAAGAGUGACAGAGCCACCGCGUAUCCAUUUCCUAAAUCCGAAACAGCAUUAGAGAUGCAGAGAAACCUGGAUGAAGUGUUGAGAGCUGUGCCGAUGGACCUCGGCGAUAACCUAGAACAAAUAAGUGGGUCACGACCUAGAACAUCUGUUGACAGGGAGCAUCUGAGGUCAGCGUCCUCAGAUGCUGGUCUGGACUCGUUGUCAGAUAUAGGACCACACUCGCCCUCAGACCAGGAGCUGAGGGAAAAUUGGCAAGGUGGUAACAGCAUGCCAGGAUUUUCCUUGUCCCAGACUGACAAUCAGGGAGAUCCCAAUGAUGAUUAUUGUGCAUGCUGUCACAAUGGUGGGGAUGUGCUGUGUUGUGACCGAUGUCCAAAGGUCUUCCAUUUGCAGUGUCACAUUCCAGAAUUGUCUGCAGUACCAAGCGGUUCCUUUGUGUGCACGAUGUGUGAAGGUGACACCCCUAUCAGUCACGAGGAAAUCACCGCCUCCGGCAAGCGCAAGGCUCCUGGGGGACUGCCAGAACAUGAGCUCAAGGUUUGUGAGAGAAUUCUGCUUGAAUUGUUCUGCCAUCCGUCGAGUGUACCGUUCCAAGAACCAGUAAACAGAAUGCAAGUACCAAACUACUACAAAAUUAUCACACAGCCAAAAGACUUCACUCAGAUCCGGUGUAGACUCCAGAGGUCACACCCUCACCAUUACCAGAGCAUCAAGGCUUUCCUGUAUGACCUCCGGCAGGUUUUUAUCAACUGUGCUAUCUACAAUAAGACUGGUUCGGAAGUUGGCAAAGCUGGAAAAAUUGUCCGUGCUCUGUUCGAAUCCUUGGUUGAACUAUUGAUGCCUCAGUAUCUCAGCUUUGUCAAGGAGAACCCAACACCCUGUUUUAGUGCGCUGCAGCAGCAACUGGAUCCGGAAAUUUCAAAUGAUGAUGGAAUCAGUUCUGGAGAAAGUUCUCCUAAGCGCCAGAAAUUAGAUGAUUGA